AUGAAGGUGAAAGUAAUAUCUCGUUCUACAGAUGAAUUUACUCGAGAACGAAGCCAGGAUCUCCAGAGAGUUUUUCGUAAUUUCGACCCGAGUCUUCGUCCCAUGGAAAAAGCUGUAGAGUACCAGAGAGCUCUUAAUGCGGCAAAAUUGGAGAAGGUAUUUGCAAGGCCGUUUAUCGGGGCAAUGGAUGCACAUAAAGAUGCUGUUUCAUGUAUGGCGAAGAACCCGAAUCACUUGAAGGGCAUAUUUUCUGGUUCUAUGGAUGGAGAUAUUCUUCUUUGGGAUAUUGCUUCAAGGCGAACAAUUUGUCAGUUUCCUGGUCAUCAAGGUGCUGUACGAGGUUUAACAGCAUCAACAGAUGGUCGCAUUCUGGUGUCUUGUGGAACUGAUUGCACUGUCCGGCUUUGGAAUGUUCCUCUUCCCACUAUGAUGGACUUGUAUGACUCAUCUAAUGAUUCAGUUGAGCCACUAGCAGUUCAUGUCUGGAAGAAUGCAUUUUGGGCUGUUGAUCACCAAUGGACGGGUGAUCUUUUUGCCACAGCAGGCGCUCAAGUAGAUAUAUGGAAUCACAAUAGGUCUCAGCCAGUGAACAGUUUCGAAUGGGGAACAGACACAGUUAUAUCUGUCCGAUUUAAUCCUGGAGAACCAGAUGUCUUAGCAACAUCAGCGAGUGAUCGCAGUAUAACAUUAUACGAUUUAAGAAUGUCGUCACCAGCAAGAAAAAUUAUUAUGAUGACAAAAACAAAUUCAAUUGCUUGGAACCCAAUGGAGCCAAUGAACUUCACAGCUGCAAAUGAGGAUGGUAACUGUUAUAGUUAUGACGGCAGGAAAGUGGAUGAAGCCAAAUGUGUGCACAAAGAUCAUGUUUCUGCAGUAAUGGAUAUCGAUUUCUCCCCAACUGGUCGGGAAUUCGUGACUGGAUCUUAUGAUAGAACAGUUAGAAUAUUCCCCUAUAAUGGUGGUCACAGUCGAGAAAUCUAUCAUACAAAAAGAAUGCAAAGGGUCUUCUGCGUCAAGUACAGCUGUGAUGGAAGCUAUGUUAUUUCGGGGAGUGAUGAUACCAACCUUAGGCUUUGGAAAGCUAGAGCAUCUGAGCAGUUGGGAGUGCUACUCCCAAGAGAACAAAAAAAGCAUGAUUAUCAUGAGGCUGUUAAGAAUCGGUAUAAGCAUCUCCCUGAGAUCAAACGCAUUGUGAGGCACAGACACUUGCCUAAACCAAUUUAUAAGGCAACUGCUCUCAUGCGCACCAUGAAUGAAGCCAGGAGGAGGAAGGAAGCAAGAAGGAAAGCUCAUAGUGCUCCUGGAAGCAUCAUAACUAAGCCCCUGCGUAAAAGAAGAAUCGUUAAAGAACUUGAGUGACUCCAGUAAUUUUUCAUCUGAUGCUGGAACCUAUAUUCAAGUGCGUCUCUUCACCUGGAUACGAGUAUUUCAAGGGAAUGGCUGCCUUCUUCUUCGUCAUCCCGUCAUGGCAUGGCAGGAGUAUAUAAUUUUAUGGUGACUGGUGGGAGCAUUUAACAACGGAAACUUUGAUUGAGAGUUGAGGGGAGCAAGCAAUUUUGUUGAUGGUUUUCUUACCCUAUUUCUGUUAUAUAUGUAUAAAUUAAACACAAUUAAUUUUUCAAUGAGUGAAGCUGAGUACUCAAUUACAAAUAAUUUUUUGAAUGAGGAAAGACUGAGUCAUCGGUUACAUGGUUACUGAUGAUUUUA